AUGUCGGGUGAUAGUGACUUGAAUGUUGAUCAUUUGAUCACAAGACUUCUUGAAGUACGAGGAUGUAGACCGGGCAAAACAGUGCAGAUGUCCGAGAAUGAGAUUCGAGCUCUCUGUCACAAGAGUAGGGAAAUUUUCCUUUCCCAGCCGAUUUUGCUCGAGUUAGAGGCACCACUCAAAAUUUGCGGUGAUAUUCAUGGCCAGUACAACGAUUUAUUACGAUUGUUUGAAUAUGGAGGAUUCCCACCGGAAGCCAAUUAUCUCUUCUUGGGAGACUAUGUAGAUAGAGGAAAGCAAAGUCUCGAAACCAUAUGCCUUCUUUUGGCAUACAAAGUGAAAUAUCCGGAGAAUUUCUUUUUGCUACGCGGCAAUCACGAAUGUGCUAGUAUUAAUCGUAUUUAUGGAUUCUAUGAUGAAUGUAAGCGUCGUUUCUCAAUAAAACUAUGGAAAACAUUCACGGAUUGUUUCAAUUGUCUGCCAAUUGCUGCGCUGAUUGAUGAGAAGAUAUUCUGUUGCCACGGUGGUCUUUCGCCGGAUCUUCAAAAUAUGGAACAAAUCAGACGAAUCAUGCGUCCGACGGAUGUACCUGAUACAGGAUUGCUGUGUGAUUUGCUGUGGUCGGAUCCAGACAAAGAUGUUCAAGGAUGGGGUGAGAAUGAUCGUGGUGUUUCGUUCACUUUCGGACCAGAUGUUGCGGCCAAGUUUUUGAAUCGACAUGACCUCGAUCUAAUUUGUCGCGCACAUCAGGUGGUCGAAGACGGUUAUGAGUUCUUUGCAAAGCGACAGUUGGUGACACUGUUCUCGGCUCCGAAUUACUGCGGUGAAUUCGAUAACGCUGGUGGUAUGAUGAGUGUUGACGAAACAUUGAUGUGCUCCUUCCAGAUUCUGAAGCCAUCCGAGAAAAAAGCGAAAUACCAGUACUCAGGGCUGAAUAGUGGGCGUCCCGUACAAGCAGCGCAAAGGGCUGGAACCCCGGGUGGUUUACAAAAGAAGAAGUAA